UCCCACGUGUUUAGCUCGGUGAAUCCUGAUUGGUUGUUGCUGAGCGAGCUGAAUCAUGGCGGAAAGCGAGAACGGGAGCGCUGCAAAAAUACUGAAAACUGAUGCGGAGAAUGAGUGCGGGGACGCGGGAGAGAUAUCAUCCGACAGCCCGGUCGCGGACUUCGAAAUCACCCGAGUUUUGCGCGAUGGUGCGCGGGAGAAAACCAUCUUCAUUCAUGGGAAGGUGAAGGAUCAAGAUGCUGUUGUGAUCCUGGAGAAAACUCCUUUCAGACAGGACAUGCUGCCUGAGUUACUGAAGAGCAGUCAACUUAAGCUGGAGAUGAAGAAUGAUGUGUACAGCACAUACCAGCUUCAGGCACCUGCACACCUAAACGAAAUCAAAACAACAGUGGUGUGCCCUGCGACAGAGAAGCAUGUUAAGAAGUAUUUGCAUCAGGAGGUUUUUCUGGUCGAAGAAUCCGGAGAGGAUUAUCGUAACCUCACAUUACCAUACAUCAGCAGCCAGAGCUUCAGUGUGCAGUGGGUGCACAACAUAUUGGAGAAGAAAGCUGAGGCUGAUCGGAUUGUUUUCGAGGAUCCAGACCCCGAUACUGGUUUUGUUCUGUUGCCCGAUUUCAAGUGGGAUCAAAAGCAGCUGCAAGACCUGUAUUUAAUUGCUAUCGUCCACCAGAAGGAUGUUAAAAGUUUAAGGGAUCUCACAUCAGAGCACCUGCCAUUACUCACAAACAUUCGCAGUAAAGGAGAGGAUGCCAUUCAGCGGCAAUACGGCGUCCCUCCGAGCAAACUGCGCGUGUACCUCCACUAUCAGCCGUCCUACUAUCACCUCCAUGUCCAUUUCACCUCUCUGGAGUACGACGCUCCAGGUUGUGGCGUGGAAAGAGCCCACUUGCUUUCCGAUGUCAUUCAGAACUUGCAGGCAGACUCCAGUUACUAUCACAACCGCAGCCUGGCGUUCCCGCUGCGGGCCGAUGAUGGUUUGCUCCUCAGGUUCAAAGAGGCUGGGAAACUCUAGAGACCUGAUUUUUGGAAACCUUUUUUACUUUAUAAUAAGUGUAAGUUCCUGUACUUGGUUAGGUUUUGUCAUCAACUGCAUUUGUAUUAAAGUACUGAUUGUUUUUACAUUGUUUGGUUGUUGUUUUGUUUGCUUUUCAUGCUGUGGUUGACCAUGUGGACUCAACCCAGAUUCAUCACCCAAAACCCCAAUUGUUUCGUCAGCCUGCGCACCGGUCUGUGGUGCGACGUGGAACUUCAUUUUAAAGCAGAAUUUGAGCCAGUGGGGCCCCAGGCCUUAUUCUUUGAGGUUUUAGGGGUCCUUUGAAGAGAUUUGGCUGUGACUGACAGAGCAGCGGGCCGCAACGAAGCUCCUGCGCUGUUUUUAAAUCUUCUGAAGAAAUGAGGAAAACCUACUGGUUUAAUAUUAGUCCAAGACGCAUGAAGAGUAAAAUAUUAUGAGUGCAACACAACUGAUACUCUUUUUGCUUCCCAGAAAGUUUAGCUGCAGUGAGGUGUAUAGAUUUUCUUAACAAACAUAGUUGUUUGGUUCAGAGCUCAUUGUAAAUCCAGGGCUAGAAAAGCAGAAAAAACAAAACUCCCCUGAAGAAAAAAGGUUGAUUGUUCAAAGUUUGUUUGUGUGCUGCUUGUUUAUGUGGUUCAACAGAAGAUUUCACUGCUUUACAUUACACAAUGAAAGUCUUACAAUGCCCUCUGUUCACAAAACAUGGUAGAAUUAUUUCUGUUGGGAUAUCAGCUCAGGUAAUACUCUUUGCACCUGAAAAUAAAAUUUGUCCUGAGCUACUC